UGUGUCGCUAAAGCCGUAAACCGUUUUGUCCGACCUGGCAGAGAAGAGAGACAUAAGGCCUUAAGGCUUAUAAAUACAUAUAGACGAUGAAAAUAGAGUUGAUAAAAGGCGCUUUCGUAUUAUAGACAGUACUUCAGUCUUCCUCAAGAUGAUCAUUGAAAAUGUGGAUGCCUUGAAGUCAUGGCUGGCAAAACUCCUGGAGCCUAUAUGUGAUGCUGACCCGUCUGCGCUGGCGAAUUACGUGGUGGCUCUCGUGAAGAAGGACAAACCCGAGAAGGAGCUGAAAGCCCUUUGUGCUGAUCAACUCGAUGUCUUUCUACAAAAGGAGACGGUUGGAUUUGUUGAUAAACUCUUUGAAUGCCUGACAACCAAAAUCUACCUGGGAAAUACGGCACCCAAAGAGGCUCCAAAAGAGGAGGUUCAAGCUCCUGCUGUAAAGACUGAAGGAGAGGAGGGAGCAGUGACUGAAGGUCCAGAGGAGGAGAGAGAGAACCGGCGCAGAAGAAGCCCUUUGAGAAACCGCCCAGAAUUCAACGAUUCCAGGAGCCGUGACGACCGGAGGCGAGAUGAGCGCAAACGCCGCGACUUUGAGCGGCAAGGCAAAGGCGGCGACUCCCACCGCGAUCGAGAGCGGCACGAGCGGCGCAGGGGCAGCCCCCGUGGGAGGAGCUACAGCCGGAGCAGGAGCGGGAGCCGAGGAAAAAGCAGGGACAGGGAGCACAGAGGAGGCAGAGACUUCAAGUCAAAGUUCGAGGUGGAACGAAAGGAUCAGGACGGCUACAACUCAUCGGCCACAUCUGGAUCCCAGCAGCAGCAGCACGCCUCGCCUCUCUUGCCUCUUCCUACACCUCCACACCCCUUCCCUCCCUCAUCCUCAGCUGGAGCCACAGGAGCCGGAGGUGUUUCCGUGGCGACGUCUGCUCACCUCCCUGACAGCACCACAGACAGCUGGUCGGGCUACUACGCCGCUCAGAGGAAGGAUGGGGUCAGCAAGGCCUUUGGCAACAAGGGGGCCUCGCUCAAGCAGCGCUGCAGGGAUUACGACGAAAAAGGAUUUUGUGUCCGCGGUGACCUCUGUCUCUUCGACCACGGCAACGACCCCCUUAUCGUCGACGAUGUCAAUUUACCCAAUAUGAUUCCGUUCCCGCCGCCGCCGGUCAUGCCUCCCCCUGGACUACCCAUGCCGCCAAUCCCAGAGCCACCCCCCUCCCUCAGAAUGCCAUCGAUGCCACCCUACGGCCAUCCGCCACCCGGCGUCUUCCCAAUGGCCAGACCCCCACUAAUACCGACGAGUGGGAUCGACUCCCCCAAUCACCAGUCUGCAGUCACGCCUUCUCCUCUCAUUAGACCACCUUUGGUUGGGCUUCGACCUACUCUUCCUCCUCAUCCUCCUCCUCAGCCUCCCCCUUCAUCCUCAACCGUGUCUCUUCGUCCACAAUAUAUUCAGUCUGAAUAUAAUUAUGAUCCUGAAGGCUACAACCCCGAAUCUCCAGGCCUGACUGCUCCCGGUCCCAAUUCAUAUCGGCAGUUUAUUCCCCGGGUGCAGAGCCAGCGCUCCAACCUUAUUGGUCUGACAUCGAGCGAAGGGCAGGUCUCCAGAGCCGCCAACAUAGUGAUCCAGACGGAGCCGGCAACCGGAGUCGGUGCCCCUGGGGCUAACGCGUCACGUUUCAACACAGAACAGGACAGCAGGAAGAGGUCCAUGGGGGCCAUCACAGCUGAAGGACCAGUGAUGAAAAAACCUUGGAUGGAAAAGUCAAACUUCAAUAACCGGCACAAGGGGAUUUUUCCCAAGAGAAAUUACUACAUGAAUACAAAGCUGGAGGUUCGGCGGAUCCCCCCGGAGCUUAACAACAUCACCAAGCUCAACGAGCACUUCAGCAAGUUUGGAACCAUCGUCAACAUCCAGGUUGUGUAUGGUGGAGAUCCAAGAGCCGCGCUGAUCCAGUACACAAAGAACGAAGAAGCCAGGCGGGCCAUAUCCAGCAUCGAGGCGGUCCUGGACAAUCGCUUUAUUUGUGUGUAUUGGCACCGCGAGCCAGACACCAACUCUGCAGGUCUCCAGCAGCAGGAGCAGAGUUUAGGAAACCAGGGGCCUGGGGCCACACCUGGCCAAGGGCUGCAGCACAUCAACAUGCAUAAGGGUAUUAAGCAGCACAAUGCAGCUACUUAUGUGUUGAACAACAUCCCACCCAAGCAUCAGCAGAACGCCACAGCUGGACCCACAAACCCAUCAAAGACAGACAACCUGACUCCGACCUCUGACACCGCCACCGUGGCGCCUGGACACACAAACACCCAGAAGGGGCCCUACACAUCCACAGCUCUGAAGCCGUCCUCAAAGAGCCUUGGGCAAACAGGAAAAGCUCUGGAAGCACAGGAAGCUCUCAAGAAGAAGCAGGAAGCUUUAAAACUCCAACAGGACAUGAGAAAGAAGAAACAAGAGAUGUUAAAGACACAAAUUGAGUGUCAGAAAGCACUGAUAAACCGGCUGGAGAAGAACCGAAGCAUGAAGCCUGAGGAGAGAGCCAACAUAAUGAAAACCCUGAAGGAGCUAACAGAGAAGAUCAGCCAGCUGCAGAAUGAAAUGAACGCCGCCUCCCAGGUCUCAGGAGUUAAGACCAGCCCCAACCAGCCCAAGACCAAAACAGAUCAGACCCACAAGGAAUUGCUGGAUGCUGAGCUGGAAAUUCACAAAAAGAUGAGCUCUGGAGAAGAUACCACGGACCUCAAGAGGAAACUGGGGCAACUGCAGGUGGAGGCGACACGGUUGGGUUUAAUUCGGCCCCCAGCAGGUCGAGGCCGGGGCCGUGGAAAAAUGCUACAGGGGCCCGGUGCGAUACACGGAGGCCGGGGCCGAAGGGACAUGGCGGCGCGGGGCGGGUUGGUGAACCGCAUGGUGAUCGACCACAGACCCAGAGCUUUGGUCAUUCUGGGGGUCACACAGGAAGAGAAGGAGGAACUAAGGCUGCAUUUUGUGAAAUUUGGGGAAGUUGAAGAACUCGGAGAUCAAGAUGCCAACAGUCUCAUCCUGACCUUUAGGACAAGAAGCGAAGCAGAGAACGCGGCCAAUCAAGGAGCUAAGUUCAAAGGUCGGAUGCUCCAAAUAUCCUGGUACAAACCUAAGACGCCCUCAGUCACAACAGAGCCAGAGGAGGAAGAAGCUAAGGACGAGGACAGCACGAAGGACGCCAGCUCAUAUUUGCCAGGCGAGGACAGAGACGAGGAGGAAGAGGAAGAGGACGACGAUGAAGACGACGAGAAUGAGAGUCGAUCUUGGAGACGAUAGAGAGAGAGAAAAAAAUCGGAUUCACUCCAUUGCUCUACUGAGAAGAACGGAAGAGCAAAGGAACUCACAUUUUCCUUUUUACAGUAAAUUUCCACACAAGUCGAAGGCAGAAUGCUUUACUUUAUGGUUCAUCACAAAAAAAAAAAAAAAAGCUUGGAGGAGGUCAAUAACCCUUCAUCAACACAAAAAGCAUCUCACUUUUGAUGAGAAAAAUAAAUGUUAAGUUGUUCUUAUAGAUGGAAAAAAUCUAUGUAAGUUUUAGUGUGCUUACCAGAUGAAUAAUAUCAGUAAUGCACAACAUUUGUGUCUACUGUGAAUAGGUAUUUUUAUACAAAUACUGUAUUGAAGCUCUUUUCUCACAAGUUUUUGUAAAAAGACUAAAGAUCUCCAUUCAGGGACAACCAUUCCAUCAUCAGUAAAUCAUUCUCUUUAGCCUCAAGAGAGAUUUAUUUUUCCACUGCAUCCGUGCUGGAUCUAUAUUGGCAGAGUUCAUCACGCUCCUUCUCUUCACAUUUAGUUUUCUUUUUUCGGACCCUAAAUUGUUGAAAGAUACACUUAUGUUUCCCUUCUAGCGGCACCACGGCGUGCGUUUACCAAACAGUGUAUCGUCAAAGCCAACACUGGCACAGAAGGAUGCAGUGCAAUAGGUGGACAAGCGAUGCUUACGGAUCUCCGUUUGCAUCUGCUUCAGUCUGGCGUCGCUCUGAAUAAUCACCCAAACGCGCGCGACAGUGUUCUAGGAUUUUGCAACACUUUUGAUCUGUGGUGUGGUUCUGCAAGGGGCCCGGCAGGACAAAGAUCAGAGCUUCUUAAGAAAAAAAAUAUUAGCAUCCAUAGACAGGUGUUUGAAUGUAAUACUGGACAGUGGAUUUUAAUAUAAACCUUAAUAUGUAUAAACAUUUCUUUGCCUUACUCAGUCAGCAGAUUGCUGAGUUUUUACAGGAUUUUGUGAUUUACUUUUGUAAAUUUUGUAAAUGCUUGAAAGAGAAAUUGCUGUUAUUCUUUUUCUCCCUUAACGUUGUGUUUCUGUCAUUUCUCAGAAAUGGUUGUUUCAGGUCGAUGAGGUCAAGCAUGAAUGCUUAACUACUUUAUUUUUUUUUAUUUUUUGCAAAGUGUAGUAUUUAUGUUGAACAGUCUUUUUUUUUUUUUAAUUCCCCUAACUUUACUUUGAUUUGUUUUAAAGACUGCUGCUCCAAGUUGUGGAGAACACUGUUAAAAAAAAACAAAAAACCUGAGAUUUAAUUAACCAUCUUCGUAUAACACUGGUGCAGCUUUUUGCCACUUUGAAUGUUAUUAAACUGUUUAGACACAAUCAGUACAAUCACAUUUCAACUGAAAAGAUUGAAAGAUCCACUUUUGUCUUGUUUAUUUUAAGUCCCAAAUUCAAUUAGAGCUUUACAAAACCUUGUACAGACUUGCCCCCCUUAUCAAUAGUUAUUUGUUUACUGGUAAAUGAAAAGAUGCCAAUAGAUUUUCAGUCAAGUCUGUAGCAGUCUUUCCUUUGUGUUGAUGAGCAGACAGGAGUGAUGUACACAACCCACAAACCCACAUUUCUAAUUGGUUUCCUUUUACUUCUGAGCACACCUGUAGAUAUGAACAAUUCCUUUUUCCAAGUUUUUUUAAGGGUUAAUCAACUCCUCUAACUCAUCUUUAAAAUAUAGAACUUGGUUUUUAAUAAAAGUCAUAGGCAGGUUUAAGUGACAAACCUAGGAUGUGUUGUUUUUUCUUACAAGUCAGGACUUGGAGCGUCUCAUUUCCACCUUUUUGUACUGUCCUCUGUAUGCUACUAUGACACAAUAGUUCCAAAUGUAUAAAAUGUUUAUUGGAUAAUAGUUUUUGGAUUUGUUACUGUUUAUAUUUGCAGGAUGUGGAUGUAUUUUCUUGAUGUUAUUUUGUUUGUAAAAAUGGAUUUCUAAUUUACUAGCAUGUUUGCUUUUGCCAAUAAAGACAGAGGAAUGGGGUGCUUGUAAGAUGAAAAAAAAAAUUCUAAUUGGAUCAUGGAAAGAGAAGAAAAGAGCUAAAUUUGAAAGAAAAAAGGUAAAAAGAUUACAGAUGAGAGAAAAAAAAAAUGCAAGCAAAAGCAUUCCACAAACCAUUGUAUAAAA